CCGCAACCAGCGAAUAAAAUAAAUACAAAGUAAAAUAUCUGUAAAUAGUACAAACAUUUUCCGACAUACACAUCUGAAGUGUACACAGUGCAAGUGUUAUAUAAGAUAGUAGCUACACUAUCGAAGGUGAAAUAUCUAACACAGACGGAGAUUACUGCAGCGGUAACGAGAUGUCGAGAGAAGCAGAGUACGUGACGCAUCGGGGAGUUACCCUCAUGAAGCAAUUCGUUAAGUAUCAGGACAAAAUGGACAACAUGCCCGUCAGAGAUGAAGAUGUAUGGGUCACUGGGAUCCCCAAGUCAGGAACAAGGUGGGCUUCUGAGCUGGUGUGGAUGAUAGUGCAUGAUCUGGACUUCGAGGGAGCCAAAGAGGACCUAACCAUCAGGGUACCCUUCACAGAGUUGUUCCGACUAUUAGAUAAUCCAAACCAUGAGGAUCUACGAUUCAGGGACACCAUUCAGUACGUUGUACAAAAAUACGAUAAAGGACCAGCAACUGUAAAAUGUCACAUGCCGUGGGUCCUGCUGCCCAAGCAAAUGAGGGACUUUGAAAAGAGGCCAAAGGUGAGGAACUCGUUAGGUGUCAGUUUCUCAUUUUAUAUAUUUAUUUAACAAAUUCGGGUCGUCAAACAGAGAUAAUCUACAGCAUCGUUAAGCAUACUACGAGGUCUGUAAAUUAAGUGAUGCGAAUUAUUUUUUUUUAAUUUUUAUUCAUCUAUUAUUACAAGUGUAUAUUAAUCCUCAAAAUGUUUUCCUUCUGAAGCCACUCAUCGCUGGAGUAGGUUCUUCCACUUGUCAUAACAGUGAUCGAGCUCCGAUACCGGACUAGCCUUCAGCUGGUCGGUUACAGCCAAUGUUUUCGACUGUUCCCUUGAGGUGACUUUCCAACUUCAGGAAGAGAAAAAAGUCACAAGGGCUCUAGUCGGGCGAGUAAGGAGGCUUAUGAACCACAUGAAUCAUUGUACUGGCCCAAAAUUCGUUUACUGACAUUGCUGUAUGACGAGGAGCAUUAUCAUAAUGCAACACACAGUUUCUGUUUUUUUUAUCAAGUAUUCAAGCUUUAACAAUUCACACGCAAAAAUUUCAGCAAAUUUAUCACGGUUGCUUAGAUUACCUUGCAUUCGUACCAGUGGUAAUACCAAUAUAAGGUCUGCAAAACGGAAUUCUCUCGUAUCGUUACAUUUAUAUUGAUUUUCGAUAAAAGGUAAAAGAAGUCGAUUUGAUUGUUAACUUGCCUGAUAAGCCAGAAUUCGCAAGAAAUUGUAUUCUUGUGUGGUCUUCGUAGUGUGGAUUGCAGAUAAUAGACGUGAAAAACUUUGUAUAAACGCAUAAUAUAGUGAUAACAGGGUAGCAGGAUUGUUGAAGUAUACAGUCUUCUGGUAACGUCAAGCAUCUUAUUCAUUUUAUUUACGGUUCCAUUUAUAUGGUUAUUAAAGCAUCAUUUCGGAUCCAGUAUAACACCCAGGUCCAGAAUAUUGCUCACAUAAUUAUUAUUGGCAUUAUCGUUGUAGAUCUCGUUUUUUGUGGAUGUGAUUGAGAAUCAGUCUUUGCUGUUAAGUGACAGGUCACUUCUCUGCCAAUAAUCGUUGAGUUUUUCGGGCUCUUAACAUCGGGAACCGACUAGUAUGGUCACUUCUUGGCUCACGUCCAAAAUGUAGACUGAUGUACGAAGAGUUGAAAAAGACAGAUUGAUCUUGGGAGAACGUUUGAAUCUUAUACAGGGUGUUUGAAAAAAGGCAAUAUUUCCAGAGCUAAGAGUAUGCCCUAAAAUGCCAGAGAGGUUCUUAUAGAAAAAUGUUCUUAAAUGUAUCGUUACCAUGACCAAAGGGGUUUUACGCCACUGAUGAUACCGUAUAAGGAUAAAACAUAAAUAUUUCCCAAAGAACGCUCAUAGUGAAAGAGAGAGUUACUCUUCACCUAUGCAACAUACGACGUUCAAAGCAUACUUCACUCAGAUGUUUCAGAAAAGUUAUAUAUAUACAGGGUGGCGCAUCGAAAACGAAAAGG